CGGUUGUUUCAUUCGAGUAGACUCGAUCCGUUCGGCAAGCAGCCACUUUCCCCUGUGCGUCAGGCGGUCGCGUUCGGCGUUGCUCAACGAUGACACUCGGAGUCGUUCCUCGCAAUUUUCAGUUUGGAUGUGCAGCCACGAUCGCCGCUGUAGUCUCGUCAGCAGUGAGUCAAAGUGACAAAGAGAGUGGGUCAGCGUGAGAGUACGGUUAGUAGUAGUGAUGCGUAGUAAACAGCGUUGCUUGGAUAUGACAGAAACGGCGACAGGAACCCUGUUUCCGUGGUGUAGUCUACGUGAGUGUUUUCGUUGUAGUGCACGAGGUUCGUGGAUCAGGCGGACCAUGGGAUUGCGGUCGGGUUCGUGACUAGUGUGGAGUGACACACUAUAUAUAGUGCAACGGUGUUCGUGGUGCUGUAUUUAUUAGUGAGUCAUUGCAGAACUCAUUGCAGGCUGUGAACAGCUCAUUCCUGCCUCUGAGUGUGCAUGAUUACGCACUCUUGGAGGAAAUCUAAUGUUAUAGCACGAUCUUAUUGGAUUAUAGACUACAGGGUCCAAGAGAUUCGAAGAUGUCAAAUCAUCGUCCCGGUGAUCAGCGCCUCGACUUCUACUUUCAUUACUGACGUCAUCGGUCGACAUGCCUGGCGACGCCCCCUAUGCCUACUUCGGACGACGGUUCUGACCUGGUGGUCGGCACCAUGACGUGGGAAGGGGUCGUCACACAUCGAAAGAAAAAGAAACGCUGUACCGACUAGAGAAGACAAAGGCAAAUCGAACGACUGCGAGGCAACACGGUGUGGCUCAGCAGGAAGACGUUAGUUGGAGUUGGAAGGACUUUCGCAACUGGUUGUGAUCUCGGAUGCGUUGGGGAAUAUUCCAUAACGGUCCAUAAAGCGUUGGUGUAUUGAAGGUGAUCGCUUUACGCUGUUUGUAAGCAGGUGGUCUACUAGUGGGAGUACAGUCAAGUCUUCAAAGCACGGAGCAGUGAAUUCCCCCUAGUGAAGUGAAGUGUGGUGAAGUUUAGUUCCGGUAGCACCGAGGCAGCAGGGAUUCCUCCGACGGUUCUGCCGCCGUGUCAUGAAGAAAGAAUCUUCGGCCGGAGGCGUAGAGGAACCCUCGUCUCGUGAGUCGAGCCCUCGUUCUCCAUCUCCACGUAAUGAUUAUGAGUACGACGACCUUCCCAUUGACCUCCGCAAGAAGGCAGCGCCCAAAGAGGACAUCGAAGAUGUAGAUGUAGAAAAGUCAAGCACACCUCAUGCAUGGGUAGACUCUUGGCACAAGCUAUUCGCACGGGCGCUGCCGCCCGCCCCACCGACCUUCGGGAAUGGCAUAGCCUUCCCAGGGCAUCCAGUCUUCGCACCGCACGCUGGAUAUCCUCCGAUUGUCGCCGACUUCUCAGGGAACCGGUAUGCCCUUGUGAAGACGGCGGACGGCGCUCUUGUACACGUGCCCAUUGAUUCUGAACGCGUGGAACCACCAAGGAACCACGAAAACAAGGAGAAUGAGUCCUGCGCUUGUGCUUCGUGCGAGGACACAAAGAAUGGCGAGUACCACACACUGGACUUGAGAAAGAGCGCGCAGGACUGCCCGAAAUCUCGGGUGGUAGACAGGCAUUCAACACCUACUCUUAUCCGCUUCUUGGAAGGAAAACCUGAUUCUCCAAAGCCAGAGCAAGAUGCUCCAGAAGACCUGUCUCCUUCGAAGAGGCGAACGAAGGAGGACAGCAUCAACAAGAACAAUGGUGACGAUGCCGGCGUGAAGAGGUCGUCCAGUUGUCCGAAACUGUUCGAGAUUACUUCGGAGAGUUUAGUGGAACGACUCAUGCGAGAAAGAUGCAAGUCGGACAGCGAGAUUCAAGCCAAAACGAGGCAGCCACAGCCAGUCUUAGACCGGCCACGGGAAGUGACGCUGAAGAGACGAAUCCUUGGCGGUCUAGCGGCAGCCGACAGCGAAGAAAGGGACACUCCAUCCCCGCUAUCAAACUCCAGUACUAAACAGCUACGGAUCAGUCCAAGUAAUGACAGCAGUCCGGCGGAAGAAGCAGAGUCCGUACUCUUGCAACAGCUCAGGCAUCUAGCGCCAGCCGCGUUCCCCUGGUCUAUCUACAGUUACUACGCUCAGCUUAUGCAACGAAUGCAAGACCACGAGGUACUCAAAAGGCAUCUACAGGGUGCAAUGCCGACGACGCCUUCUCCUCGAGAGGUCAUCGACGAACCCGACGAGGGCGUCGGGGCCUUGGACGCCUUUGGAGCCAUUCGAAAGAGAGCUCCGCGAGCACUGACGGGGAAACACGUCAAGCAAGGAACAGGGGCGAGCCCUGCAACGCUACUGACGUUACGGCAGAAGAUACAAGAACGACAGAGGGCUAAAGAACUGGGGCUUGUAGAACCGACAAAGUCGUUUAAAGGCAGGCUGGGGAAAUCGUUCGCUAAGAUGCCGAUCAAAAAAGCAGUAAGAAAGUGAAAGAGUUCGGUUCGGAUGUCCUGGUGGUUACAGCGAAUGUACGUUGGUACAUCGAGGUGUGGCGGGACGUUGAAAAGGAUUAGUUUCGAACGUUCGUUCGUAAUGGGAAGUACGCGUGAAACGAGGACGACAUAGCGAAGGGCCCGCGUAUCAGUGCACCUCACCAAAUGGCAAGGCGUAGGGCCACGAACGAAAUUAAUGACAUCUAAGAGAGACAAACUACAAUUCAGAAUGUGCAUUCUAUUGUGCUUGUCGUCUCACGGUGCCCUAGCCAUAGCUCUGAAAAGUGUUAACAUCAUUGCGCAGAAGCUCGACGAUGGUGAAAAGGCCACGCAUGUCGCGAGGGCUUCACAAUAAGACAUUCCAAGAACAUUACCUGAGUUACUGGAGAGUUGCGAGUUAUAUCUUACGAACUUGAGUGUUCCUUCUCGAUUAAAAUUCCCCUCGUCAAACCGAUACCGGAUCGAGAACGGAUCCUACACGAACCACGAGUGAGGACGUAUCCGUGCGAAAGGGCUUCCAGAUGCUUUCAGUGACCUGGAAAACCUUACCAAACAAAGCUUGUGCAUUCCACCAGAAGAUGUAUUUUGUCUAGAGAAUUUUGGAUCCGCGAGUGUUAUACAGGUUUCAGAUUAGCUAUUUACACAUUUCUACAGAGAAGGAAGAAACAGCAAUAGGUAUACACGCAGCGUAACUCAAAAGGCUACAUGACCAGCCCGUAUGUCUGCGACCUUUUCCUGCUUUACAUCGUAUUGAUAUUAUGUAACGCUAUUUUUUAUAUAUGUGUGUGAGUGCGUUAUAAGUUGUGUGGUCCUUUGCAACAGAGGUUCAUGUACUACAGGUGCACACUGUAGCCAGCGAUCUCUACGAUUUCAAUAGGUUAUAAGAGUUACGGCCGUAUCGGCGGGCUUCCUACAGAAAUUCUCGCGGAAGUCUGCACCCCCGCAUCGCACAAACAUUUGCAAACGGUCUACAGAUUCCUCUUGCAAAAGUUCAGUUAAGAAAGCGACGACAUGUCAAACUGACGGUUCAUGAAGACCUCCACCAGAAACCAUUUGAAUGCGUGAGCGAGUCCUUGUGUUUCGUAUUUUUAUACAGUGUUCCAUUGCCAAGUGUUGUCUUGUAACUGCGAUUCAGCGGUAGAGCCCAUGGAAACUUGAAGCGAAUUUAGGAAGCGCUGUCUUAUCUGCGCCUCUCCCUAUCACUAGCAAUGAUAAUCCGUUUCAAACCGAUGUUAGUGGCAGCCAACUGAAUGUAUACUCCCACCAACUGCUUCGCUCGUGGUGGGUUUAACUGCUGAAUCGGGGUUACUCGUAUGCUAGCGUGUUCUUCCACCACAAUGCAACGUGCGGUUUCAGACAUUCCACUUCUAUAUAAAUGCGUUUUAGCGCUUGUACCGGUAAAUCGGAGACGCAACUAUUUCUGAAAACCACGAUGAGAUUAAUUCGAGAUCACGUGCUGAAGUGUGCAGCUUUGGACACACAAUUAUUUUCCUUGUCGACUGAAAGUAAUGGGCUUGAUGCCUGGCUGUCUUAGCAGGUCAGUCUUAUCGGGUUAUUCCUAAAUUAAUUUCUCUUGUGUACCAGAAAGCGAAAUUCCCGCUAAACCAGCAAAAAUUAUGUCAGGUAUUCCUGCAGGGUGUCCUAGUUAAAUGUUAAAUCUAUAAACCUACAAAUGUCAAAUCUACCUUGCGUGCACAACACUUCGGGUACCUACCUGGGAAUGCAUCAAACGUGGUGUGCACUAGUCCGGUGCGUGCAUCGACGCCGGAGGCCAUUAUCUUCAGACCGAAGGUGCAGAUUCUCGUCUGCUUCGUCCAAGUUCUGUUAAUCCAUGGCGUCCUAUUUAGUACAACGCCUGCACAACGAUCCAAAAGCACACAUGUACCGGCCGUCCACUGUGGUAGCGCCAGUUUUUCAGGCGCGUGAUUGUUAUCUCGAUGUGGUUGCCGCUUUGUAGGUAAGAAACUGCGGCAGAGGCUCGUCUGCUAAGCCAGAGACUAUCAUAGGACGUGUCAGGAGAGCGUCCGUCUGUCAUCCGUUCUCGCUUUGUGUGCUGACGGGGCCCGCGCAGAGCCUAUGGCAGACUAUGUGAAGCAAAGACCACUCUAACACCCCUGCCACAUGGGCACGAAAAAUGACAUUAACUGAUUAAUGUCUUAAGUCCUAAUGUCAUUCGUGGGGUGAAAUAUGUAGAUAUUUAAUGCUGUCUGAACCGCAAUUGCUGCUUCGCCUUAGAAAUGACAACUCCCACUCCCAUUGUCUGCGCAGAGUAACAAUUUUAUUCUUGCAUAAAACCACUUUGUACUGUGUGGGACAAGAUUACUUCAUAAUCUGAGGUUACAGAGUAUUCUUUGGUGAAAGAAAAGCUGUAGUUUUUUUUAAUUAUUAUCACCGACAAAAGCAAGAAAAACGCAUGGCAUGACGGCGCCAAGGGGCCAUGCCAUUCAGAACCCUAAUGCCACGAUAAUGCCAUUUCUUCUGCCCGUAUGGUACAGGGCUCCGUUGACCCCUGGGAAACUGGCGCCCCCAUGCGCCGCUAAAGCGAACAAUCAAUUUUGUCUUCAUUGCAUUGGUCUGGGAAGGCAUCGUAGUAUGUACGAGGCUAUGGUUAACACCACUGUUCGAUGUUCGUUCAUUUGGUACGUGCUUGACACUGUUCCAAACUGCUAAAAGAUGUAAGAAUCGUCCCGCUUGAGUGAUUUCGUAACUUUUUUUUCAUCUUGCGGUUCCAUAGUAAGGGAAGAGAACAGAACGUAGCGUUCCUAGUAAGUGCUCGAAGAAACAUCACACAUUUAAUAACGUUGUUCGUAGAAACCCCCGAUAGCUAGGAAUUCAAUUAUCUCGUGUCUUCCUUCUGCAAUUAUAUACUUUGCUCUGACACCGAACACACCUUGGACGGAGUGAAACCCGAGUGCACACCACGUUUGAUAUCAAUCCACGGUUCUUCACGGUGAAACCUUCUGAAGAAGGGUUAAGGUCUUGUUCUUGGUACUGGGAAUGACCUCUAUAUGUUACAUCACCAAAUGUUCGCGGCAUUGAAUGAUGACAACAGAAGUGGGAAAAACAUACAUGAUAGUGUGGUUCUUGUUCUUACGUGUUGAUUUAAUGCAGCAAUCAGUGUCCGACAAAUAACUACAUGUAGUCUCUGUCCUUUACAGUCCAAGGUCGCUUUCGUUCACGUACUCUGAGAAUCAUAGAUCUACUCUGAUUCAGGUCUACACUCUAAAAACUGAACCUCGCUGCACAACACUCUCAGAACAAACCACCAGAAUGACAUCAUUAUCUUUCGUGAUUUGUUCAAAAUGAAAGACAAAAAUAUAAUUCAUCGUUAAUUGCCACAAAAAGGUGUAUGCAUUGCUCUCUCCUCUGAAGUGACAGCCGUAUCAUGUAACGGAGUUCCGUUUUCAGAGUGUACCAGUCAAAUUUCUGACGCACUGUACAUGCCUAUAUGUGUUAUAUUCACAAGGGAGAAAGAAAGAAUAUAUGAAUGAUCCCAUUAGAUUAGAACCGAUUAUAUUUCAUUCGAUUAGAAGAGCAAGAAAAGUCGUUGGUCCCGACAGAGUUAGGACUGGCAACUCCUGUAGUCUGGAAAAAUAUGCACUGACAACAAAAAACUAAGACACGAAAAAAAAAAAAAGACAUUUUGUUUGUUUCUUUUUAAUAUCUUCACUUGAACUUCCCGAUGCAGAUGUGAACAUCCACGAUGAACGUACUGUAAGACCUUUAAUUAGAUAUAUUCUCUUUGUGACUGAUUGACCAAACUUGCCAAAGACAACAAGACGACAACGACCGUGUGCAACUGCUGGAACUUUGCUUGUGUCCAUUCCUCGUGCAUUCUGUAUGUAUUGUGUCCAAUAAAUAAUUUAUUGCCGACUUCA